ACAAAAUGACAUAAGGCGAUUAAAGUCCUUAGUGCCAGAUGGACAUGACACACGUUGACUUAUUGUCUGACCAUCAUAAAGCCUUGAGACCGUUAGUAGUGCUUCCUGGUGUUGCCGUGCAGUUAUUACAGGUGACCGAUAGAGGACGCUGUGUAUUCGAGGAAAGAUGAACUUCUUCGUGUUGAUCAGAGUUUGUAAAACUGAGUUGAGUCCAAAUAGAGCAAGUUUAAAGUGUAGAGAAAAAAUGACACGUUAAGGGGUGGGGGCUGUGCCUUGGAUUUGUGUUUGGUCGGGAGAGCAAAAAAGCUCACGAUGGGGUACGCAGCGCCGGCCAGAAGGAGCUCCCCGGUUAAGAACUUCGUGGCCGGGGGAGCUGGCGGAGCCUGCCUUCUGUUCGCGGGACACCCGCUGGAUACCAUCAAGGUUCGCCUUCAAACACAGCCCAAAGCCUCGUGUAGCCAGUAUGUGCUGUACACAGGAACCUAUGACUGUUUUCGGAAGACAGUGUCCAGAGAGGGGGUACUGGGGCUGUAUAAAGGAAUGGGGGCACCUCUCGCUGGAGCUGCUCCUAUGAUGGCCAUCAGCUUCUUUGGAUUUGGACUGGGCAAGCAGCUGCUUCAGAGCAACCCAACCCUACCGCAUACGUACACACAGAUCUACCUCUCUGGGAUGCUGGCAGGGGUCUUCACUACUGUUAUUGUAGCUCCAGGAGAAAGAAUCAAGUGUCUUCUUCAGGUUCAGUCCACCAGCGGUCAGCUAAAGUAUGCUGGGCCUGUGGACUGUGCUGUGAAACUGUAUAAGGAACAGGGGAUUCGUAGCCUCUACAAGGGAACUGUCCUCACUCUUAUCAGAGAUGUGCCUUCUAGUGGUCUAUACUUUUUGACCUAUGAGUACCUAAAAAACAUCCUGACUCCUGAAGGUGAAAGUGUUCACAAACUUAGCACACCUAGGAUCCUUUUGGCUGGAGGCACUGCUGGGAUCUUGAACUGGAUGGUUGCCCUUCCUCCCGAUGUUCUCAAGUCCAACUUUCAAACAGCUGCUGACGGACGCUACAAGGGCUUGGUGGAUGUGCUCCGAGUGCUGCUGUGGAAGGAAGGAGCGGGGGCGCUCUACAAAGGUCUGAGUGCAGUUAUGCUUCGGGCCUUCCCUGCCAACGCGGCUUGUUUCCUGGGCUAUGAAGUAACUCUUAAAUGUUUGAACUGGCUGGCUCCCAACUGGUGACCACUGCACUGCUUGCUCCUGAUCCAAUCCAGGAGACUUUGAAUGACAGUUUUCAUCUGGCAGCUUUUCCAAUGACCACUCCAACCAAAACCAACCUCACUGCUACACUCAACCCAGACCAGAAAGCACUUCUAGAAGUCACGCUGUUCUAAGGUGUCUGCCAAAUGCUGUAAAUGCACAAUAACCACAUGUAGUUCAUUGCACAUAACACCUCAUUUUGUUACAUCAUGAAGUACUACUUUAUCCAAAAGUGCAAUGCAGCCAACAGUGAAUGAGAGGAAGCACCUAACCUAUGGUGGUGUUUGAAAGUUUAUGAACACUUUAGAAGUUUACAUUUCUGCAUAAAUUUGACCCAAAACCUCAGAUCAUAUGUCCCAAAAGUAGGAGAAAAGAGAACCAAAACAAAUGGGAAAUAUUCCUCAUUUAUUGAGGAAAAUUAUCCAUAGCUGAGGGGCAAAAGUAUGUGAACCCUUGCUUUUGGUAUCUGGUACAACCCCUUUGUGCAGCAAUAACCAUAACCAAGUGUUUCUGGUAAUUGUUUACUAGUGCUGCAUCAGAUUGGAUGAAUUUUAGCUUAUUCCUCCAUACAAAAGCCACUUCAACAGAGUUUCCUCUCAUGAACUGCUUACUUCGUAUCAUUCCACAACACUAAUAUUGCAGUAAGGUCAGGACUUUGACUUGGCUAAUCCAAAAUCUAAACUUUAUGCUUUAGACAUUAUUUGGUAGAACAACUUGUUGUAUGCUUAGGGUUGUCAUUUUACUGAAUUACCCACAUUACCAGCUUCAGCUCACAGCCAAGCGGCCUGACACUUUCCUUUAGAAUUUGCUGAUAUCAUUCAGAAUUUAUUGUUCCAUCAGGGAUGGCAAGCCACCCUGGCCCAGAUACAGCAAAUCAGGGCCAAGCCAUGAUAGCACCACCACUGUAUUUUACGGAAAGGAUAACGUUUGUGCUGGAAUGUAGUGUUUCCCUUUCUCCAAACAAUGCAUCUAGUUUAAACCAACAAAAAUGAAUUUUGGACUCAUCUGUUCACAAAACAUUGUUCCAGUAGCCUUCUAGCUUGUCCAUGUAAUCUUUCGCAAUCUGUAGACAUUUUUUUUGGUGAGCAGCACCUUUCUCCUUGCAACCCACACCAUUGUUCAUUGUUCUCCUGAUGGACUCAAUCAUUAACCUUAUCCAAUAGGAGAAAGGCCUUUAGUCGCUUAGAAGUUUCCUUUGGUUCCUUCCUGACCUUGCAGACUAUUGCACCCCUUGCACUUAGCAUGAUCUUUGUUGGCUGACUGCUCUUGGGGAGGGUAAUAAUGAAGUUGAAGUUCCUCCAUUUGUAUACAGUCUGUCUGACUGUGGGUUGGUGGAUUCAUGACUCUUUAGAGAUGGUUUUCUAACUUUUUCCGGCCUAAUGAGCAUCAGCAACUCCUCUUCUAAGAUCCUCAAAAAGCUCGUUUGUUCAUACCAUGACACAUUUCCACAAACAUAAAGAUUAAGCUUUACUAGAGCCAUUCUUUAAAUAAAACAGAGUGUCCACUCACACCUGAUUAUCAUCCCAUUGAUUGACAACACCUGACUCACAUUUCACUUUCAAAUUAUCUGCGAAUCCUAAAGGUUCACAUACUUUUGUAACUCAAAGAUAUGUAAUAUUGUAUCAUUUUGCUCAAUAAAUAAAUGACAGAAUCUAAUAUUUAUAUCUCAUUUGUUUGAUUUGGUUCUCUACCUUUAGGACUUGUGUCACAAUCUGAUUAAGUUUUAGGUCAAAUUUAUGCAGAAAUUUUGAAAUUUCUAAAGGGUUCACAGAAACAUUCAAGCACCACUGUACUAAUGUCCAUUCAUUAUUAGUUGGUUUCUCUUUUAUGUAAUUGACUACAUUCUAUGUUAAUAAUCAGCUAAAUAUCUGUUCAUAAAAUUAAGGCUGUGUAAACAUACUAUGACUGUUAUGUUAUUAAUACUUUAUGUACUUGGCCUACGAUAUUAGUGCCAUAAUAUUUAACAAAUUCAAGACAGAAAAGAUGUGUUUAUACUUUUUAUAUUUUUUCAUGAUUUAAUGACAGGGCUGUACAAAGUGGAUUAUUUAAACCUUGUAUAUGCUUUUUAAAAUAAACAAA